UGAGUUCGGUCUCAUGAGGUCAACAAGUUACUAUUUUGCCAAAAAUAAACUGAAAUUUGAAGACAUUUAUCUGAAAAUUAUUAUUUUCAAAAAACAUUCUUAAUUUGUCAUCAGAACAUUGAACAAUAUGAAUACUGAUUAUCGACGAAAUCAUAAAUUAUCUCGAACAUUUGGCCAAGUAAUCGAUAUUAAUCGUAUUGAUCGUCAUUCAAUUAAUAAUGAUUCGAUUAAACAAACAAAUCUUAAACAAUCGAUUGUUAUCAACAACAACAAUGACAAAAAUAAUGAUGCUAAUGAUAUUGGCAAAAUGUUUAAAACAUUAAAAAAUGAUGGACGAAUUUUGAAAGAAAAUAAUGAUCAAGAAAAUGAACAGCAUAUGGAAAUUAAAAAAUCAUCAAAUGUUAAUCAAAAACGAAAAUCAUCGACCAUAACCGAAACAUCUAUUACUGAUAAUGUUGAUAAUGAUGAUAACGCUGAUAAUGUUGACGAUAAAUCCGAAACAAUAUUAAAAUCCAAAAUGAUAAAAUGGAUGACCAUGCCGACUCAAGAAUUUGAAAAUAAUGAUAAAGAUCGUUACCAUUAUCAUAUGAUUCAAUUACGUACAACAUAUCAAACAUUAAUGGAAAUGGAUAAAAAAUGUAAACAAUUACAAUCAAAGAUUAAGGAUAUUCGUAAUGAAAAUAAACAAUUGGAAAUAAUUAAAGAUGAAAUUGAUGAAAUUUAUGGCAAUAUCCUUUUGGAUGAAUGAAUAAAUAAUUAAUGCAAUCCACAUUCGAAUCUUUUCCA